UGCUGGUCACGUGAGCCGACGCGCCGUCGCCACCGUGCCCUAGCAACCGUUACCAAGGGCCUGGCAACUAACAGGGCCUGGUCCUUUGAGAGAGGGAGGGGGCCAGUUUAGAUGGGCGUUUCGGGGAAAAUCUGAGGAACACUUUCAAGGGUGUCAAGAUGAGCGACCAACUUAAAUUCAUUGUUGAGAAACUCAAUAAGGAACCCUUUAAGAAGAACUUCAAUCUCAUCACCUUUGACUCUUUGGAGUCUAUGCAACUGUUACAGCUGCUCAGUGAUGUUUUGGGGGAGAUUGACCCAAAGCACGUUGUUGACAUUAGAGAAGAGUUGCCAGAGCAGACUGCUAAACGGAUGUUGAGCCUUCUCGGUAUUCUUAAAUAUAAACCUCCAGGAGGUACCAGUGACUUGAGUACGUUCCGCCAAGGUUUAGUUACUGGAAGCAAGCCUGUGAUUCAUCCUGUCUUGUACUGGCUCCUUCAGCGGACAAACGAGCUCAAGAAAAGAGCCUAUCUGGCACGUUUCUUGAUCAAAGUGGAUGUGCCAAUGGAGAUCCUUCAGGAUGAGACGGUGGCUGAUACUAACAGACAGCAUGAAGAACUGAUGGAAGCCUUCAAAAACCUCCAUAAAGAAUGUGAGCAGCUCAAGACAUCUGGUUUCUCAACUGCAGAAAUACGACGGGAUAUCACUGCCAUGGAGGAAGAGAAGGAUCAACUGAUCAAAAGAGUCGAGCGUCUUAAGAAGCGGGUGGAGACGGUGCAAAAUCAUCAGCGGAUGCUUGAGACAGCGAGGCAGCUGCGAGUAGAGAAAGAGAGAGAACAAUCUCUUGCCCAGCAAAAGCAAGAGCAGAAAAUUCAGCUUUUUCAUGCAGAGCAGAAGCUGCAAAGAGUCCAGCUCCAGCUCAAGGAUAUGCGUCACGCAGGAGUGGAUUCCAAGCCAGAAAGCUUAAUGAAGAGACUGGAAGAGGAGAUAAAGUUCAAUACAUAUUUGGUCUCUGAAAAAUUCCCAAGAGAGGUGGAAACAAAGAAGCAGUUAUUGUACCUGUUGCAAAAAGUAGCUGCAGAGCCAGCAAUGGGCCAGUCGGAUCUCAAUGAACUUGAAACCAAGAUCCAUGAGGCGAAUGCACAAAUCAAUCAACUGCUUGAAAAGAGGAUGAUGAAGUACGAACCAAUUGAUAGCAAAUUUUCAAUGUACCGACAGCAGGCCUCCAUCAUUUCCCGGAAAAAAGCAGCGAAGGCAGAAGAGCUUCAGGCAGCCAAGGAGGAGAUGUCCAGUUUAGAGAGGCAAAUGUUGCAAAAAUCAAACCAAGCUCAGGGGAUGAAUGGCAUGGAAGUCUUGAAAGGCGAUGAGUUUAAGCGCUAUGUUAACAAGCUUCGAAGCAAAAACACAGUCUACAAAAAAAAGCGCCUGGAAAUAGCAGAAAUUACUGCUGAGUACGGGGUCCUGCAGAGAACAGAAGAGCUCCUGCAACAGCGCCAUGAAGACAUCCAGCAGCAGUUGAAAGCCAUCGAGGACAAGAAGGGCAUCUCUGGAUACAGCUACACCCAGGAGGAGCUGGAGAGAGUGUCGGCCGUGAAGAGUGAAAUGGACGAAGUGAAGGGGCGCACCCUGGAUAACAUGUCUGAAAUGGUGAAAAAACUGAACACUCUGGUGGCAGAUAAGAAGUCCAGCCUCGCUCCAAUUAUCAAAGAUUUAAGACAGUUGCGACAGAAGUGCCAGGAAUUAACUCAAGAAUGCGAAGAGAAAAAAACUCAGUAUGACAGCUGUGCGGUGGGUUUGGAGAGCAACCGUUCUGCCCUGGCACAGGAAGUGAAAAGUCUUCGUGAGGAGUGCAGGCAGGAGGAAAGCCAUUACCAUAACACUAACUGCAUGAAAAGGAUUCUGGAUGCACAACUCCAGCGAGCCAAAGAAGAGAUGAAGAUGUAUGUCUCUCCUGAUCCCCAGGACAGAAGAAAGGCAUUUAGGGAACAGUAUUCCCGGAUGAUCACAGAACAAGAAAGUCUGGGAAAGAAACUGCGAGAGAAGCAAAAAGCUGUUCGGGAAAGCCAUGGCCCAAAUAUGAAGCAGGUGAAAAUGUGGCGGGAUUUGGAGCUGCUGAUGUUGAGCAAAAAGGAGUGUUUCCUACAGCGACCGAAUCAGGUCAUUGGCCACGUCGUUCAGGAAGUUGAAGACCGAUUGGUGGUGUUAUGAAUGUUGGCUGCUCUCCCUGCCCGGAAUGCUGGUCUAGCUCUCCAACUUGUUUGGCACAAGGUAAAGUUCAACCAGAGUUUAGGGGCUUGACCAUAAGGUGUAGAUAGAAUGGCCUUUACUGAGACCUGAGCUGCGGUUCUAUAUGUGGAACUGAGCUGAGAAGUUUGCAGCCACCCCUCAUUUUAAGGAGAGGAUCCUAACUCCGCUUGUGCAUGUGGAAGGUCAUUUCCAUCACUUGCAGCCCAGACUACUGGCUUGGUGGAAAGGACAGAUGGUGCCUCUCCUGCAUCUGAAUGGCCCUGGCCAAGCCCAUCUGUUCAGCUGAAAGUUCGCUGUUUCCCCCAGAGAAGCUGAGCAGGAAGAUACAGUGUUUCCGGCAAGCCCUUUGCAAUCAGCAUUCUCAUUCUGGUCUCUGUUAACAGAAACAUUUUCUAGACAGUGCUUUGGGGAACUGUGCCUGCUGUCAAGAAGUCUGCGCACCCCACUCAGUCAUGUGAAAAGCUCAAUAUUUUGCCCCCAUUCCUGCACUCCGGGAGUGGUGCCAAUUUCCAUAUCCAAAGGACAACAGAAAAACUUAAAGGAAAUGAGUGAAUUUUCAAUCCCUUCCAUAUUCAUUUCCUCAUCAAAAUUUGAUGCUGCUCUGUAACUGGUCCUUAAAUGACAUCAGAAGCCACCAUCUAUUCAUCUGUUAAAGCUCUGACUCCACCUCCUGUUUCACUCUGAUCUUAAUAAUGUCCAAACAGCUGAGCUUUUUGCAACAGUGUGGUGGCUGUUGGUGUGGAGUUGUUCUAAAGAUGAUGCCCUUCUGCACAGGAGGCUUAGUCCAGUGUUGGAAUACCAGCCAGGUGUCAUAAUCGCCCCGAUGGUCUUCACAUUCCCUUCUUUUGCACAUGGUGCUCUCCGGAUUAGGAAAACUGCCUUCAUACACUUUCCACCACAGCCUUUCCUUAAAAUGACUGCUUUUCUGGGUUUAACAUCCAGAACUUAAAGUUCCAGGUGGUUGUUCUCUUGAAGCCUUUGAAUCUCAGGUUAAGUUAUGUAGAAACAUUCAAAUUUUCCUUGAAACAAGGUAUUCUUGCUUUUAAAAAUGCAUCUUCCAACUUUGUUACAAUGCUAAUAUUUUAGCCUUCAAAGAGAAUCUGUGGCUAUCUGCUCUAUGCCUUUUUGUCUUUACUGGUAAAUAGAUUCAAGGUAUAUUGUUAAUGCAGCUACAAAGGCAAUAAAAUUUAUCAUUGACCAUG